GCUUCCUCUUCGUGUCGCCACCUAACGACACCCAUUUUCUCAAGAGUCAAGAGAGAGAGAGGGAGAGAGAGAGAGAGUGGAGAGAGAGAAAGAGAGAGAGAGAGUGGAAAGAGGGAGACUUUUCUAACUCCUAAUCGGUAAAAUCCUCUGUCCCCUUCUCCCAAUUCUCCCAUUUUCUCGGCAACCUCAAAAAUCCCAAAUCCCUCCAAUAAUGCAGCAAAAUCCAUCAUCGCACCCAACCCCAAUUCCACCAACCGAAGCCCUAAUUCCGGCCGACGACCCCGCCGCGUCGUCCCUCUUCGACUGGUCGGAUUUCCUCGACUUCAACCUCGAUGAGGGCGGCCUCCACGCCGCGCCGUCGCUUCCCCAAUCCGAGCAGGAGCAGGAGCAGCCCGGGGGGUUUGACCCGGGCCAGGAGAAGCCCGGCGCGGUGAGGAAGAGGGACCCGAGAUUGCUGUGCUCCAAUUUCCUGGCACGGGUCCCCUGCGCCUGCCCCGAAUUGGAUCAGAAGCUGGCUGAGGAGGAGCGCGAGCUCCCCGGCAAGAAGCGGACCCGGAUAGCCAGAGGGCCCGGCGGCCCGGCCCGGUGCCAGGUGCCCGGCUGCGAGGCUGAUAUCAGUGAGCUUAAAGGGUACCACAGGCGGCACCGUGUUUGCUUGCGGUGCGCCAAUGCGGGCUCUGUGCUUCUUGAUGGCGAUAGCAAGAGAUAUUGCCAGCAGUGUGGAAAGUUCCAUAUCUUGUCAGAUUUUGAUGAGGGGAAACGUAGUUGUAGGAGGAAACUAGAACGUCACAAUAACAGACGUAGAAGAAAACCGAAUGAUUCCAAAGAAGGUGCGGAAAAGGAAUCUCAAUUGAUAGUCUUGGCUGAUGAUCUCAGCGGCGAUGAUGAUGCUGGAAAAGAUGGAAUAAGUGUGAAUGGUCAGAUUGAAGAUAAGGAGCUUUUGCUGGAGUCGGAUGGGCAGGUCUCUGCUCUAGGCUCGCAGACUCUCCAAAGUGAUAGUGUUGUAUCAUUAUCCACCUCUGGCGAACCUCACGUCGAAGCUGAUACACAGAAUCCGAAAAUCAAGCAGUCUCCACCCUACUGUGACAACAAGAGCAGUUUUUCCUCCGCGUGCCCUGCAGGUAGGGUCUCUUUCAAGCUCUACGAUUGGAAUCCAGCUGAAUUUCCUCGACGACUCCGACUUCAAAUAUUCCAAUGGUUGGCUAGCAUGCCUGUCGAGUUGGAGGGGUAUAUCCGUCCGGGUUGUACAAUCUUGACUGCUUUUAUUGCAAUGCCAAAGCCAGUGUGGCAUGAGUUAUUGGAGGAACCGUCUUUAUGCAUAAAAGAUCUUGUCUUGUCACCUGGGAGCCUUUUGUCGGGAAGAGGCCCAAUGCAUGUUUAUCUAAAUGACAUGAUUUUUCGAAUCACAAAAGAUGCAUCUUUGGUACACGAGGUUAAAGUAAAGGAUCGAGCUCCAAAGCUUCAUUACAUUCAUCCAAAUUGCUUUGAGGCUGGCAGGCCAAUGGAAUUCGUGGCCUGUGGAAGCCAUCUACUUCAACCGAACUUCCGGUUUCUAAUUUCAUUUGCUGGACAGUACCUAGCAUAUAAAAUCCGUGUUUCGUCUCCGUGUGAGAAAGGGGACGCCGAAAGUGCUGACCAUCAGUUGUUGAAGAUAUAUGUCCCUCAAAUUGAUAUUGCUCUUUCUGGCCCCGCUUUUGUCGAGGUUGAAAACCAGUCUGGCUUGUCCAACUUCAUCCCGGUCCUCGUUGGUGACAAAGAAACGUGUGCAGAGAUGGAGAUCCUGCAACAGAAGUCCGGCACGCCUUCCUCCUCCCACGAACGAGAACAUUUGUCUCCACAGCCUGCAUGCAGUGUUCUUGCUUCUCGACAAGUGGAGUUCAACGAGCUCGUCUUAGAUGUGGCGUGGUUGCUAAAGAAACCAGCAUCAGAUGCAAAGCUGACAUCGUCCCACAUUCUAAGAUCUAACUGUUUAUUGGAGUACUUGAUGGAAAAGGAGUCUACCGUCGUUCUGGAGGGACUGUGUCGCUCGUUGAGAUCCGCGAUAGACAACAACUUGGUUGACGGCGAUUCUAAUUCCAACAUGAGGUUACUACAGAAAAAUAUCGACGCUGCACAAAGGAGGCUCGCUCCGAGAUCACAUGAAAAAGUGGUUGCGGAUACGCCUGCACCGAGUGGAGAUCGUUGCAGCCACAUUCCGGAAAACGAUACCUCGCCUUUCGUCCCAGUCAUGCUAAUCAGGGUCUCCGUAGGCACGGUGAGGAGUCUGCUGGGGCUCGUCGCGAGGCCCCCGUCCUCUCUAGACGAAGAAGAUGCGACGGUUCCUCUCUUGAAAGACAAAGUGAUCAUGAACGUCGAUCUUCAGGAGAGGCCGAGAGGGUCUUGCAGUCGCUCGUUGUCAACAACACUUUCUACUUCGCGGCUCCUCAUAGUGGCGGUUAUGGCCGUCGGUGUCUGUUUCGGAGUGUGUGCGGCCGUCCUCCACCCUCAACGGGUCGGCCAGAUCACGUUGACCAUACACAGCUGCCUAUUUGACAUCUCCCAACGCUAACUCGUCACUCGGGGCGUUUUCCAUCUGUAAAUUUUCUCGCUCGCGUCGCUAUGACCGUUGGUUCGACCUAGAAACCGUUGGUCGUUUCGCACGACCUAGUGUAUAAGCGUUUUGUUUUGUUCUUGUACAAUUUUGUAUUUUUGGGGAAAGAAAGAAGAGCAACUCUUAACUAGGAAUCAUAAAAUUGUUUGUACUAGGAUGUUGUUCUGCCUUUUCCUUCUGGUUCGAGAAAUGUUAUCCUACAUACCUAGUAUCGGUUUCUUUGUAACUUUUGAGUAAAAAAUGUCCAUGUUUGUAUUUUUUUUAAUUAAUAAAUAAUUUUAAAGAUCGCAUGAUGGCAAAAA